AAAUGGGCUGCGAUCGAAACUGCGGGGUCAUCGCCGGUGCUGUCAUUGGUGGACUCAUGGCUGUGUUUGGAGGUAUUCUAAUGCCGGUUGGAGACAUGCUUAUUGAGAAGAUAGUUAAAAAGGAAGCUGUCCUUGAAGAAGGUACAAUUGCUUUUCAAAAUUGGGUUAAAACAGGCGCAGAAGUUUACAGACAGGUUUGGAUCUUUGAUGUGCAGAAUCCAGAGGAGGUGGCUGUUAACAGCAGCAAAAUUAAAGUUAAGCAAAGAGGUCCUUACACGUACAGAGUUCGUUAUCUAGCCAAGGAAAAUAUAACCCAGGACUCUGAGACCCACACGGUCUCUUUCCUACAGCCCAAUGGUGCCAUCUUUGAACCCUCACUAUCAGUUGGAACCGAGAAUGACACUUUCACUGUUCUCAAUCUGGCUGUAGCAGCUGUGCCCCAUCUCUAUCCAAGCGCAUUUGUUCAAAUAAUAGUCAAUAUCUUUAUCAAGAAAUCAAACUCUUCUAUGUUUCAAAAGAGAACUUUGAAAGAACUAUUAUGGGGCUAUAAGGAUCCAUUCUUGAGCUUGAUUCCAUACCCGAUUCCUACUACAGUUGGUGUGUUUUACCCUUACCACAAUACUGCAGAUGGAGUUUAUAAAGUUUUCAGUGGAAAAGAUGACAUAAGCAAAGUUGCCAUAAUUGACACAUAUAAAGGCAAAAAGCAUCUCUCCUAUUGGCCAAGUUAUUGUGACAUGAUUAAUGGUACAGAUGCAGUCUCAUUUCCACCUUUCAUUGAGAAGACCCGGGUAUUGCAAUUCUUUUCUUCUGACGUUUGCAGAUCAUUCUAUGCUGUGUUUGGAGCCGAAAUUAAUCUGAAAGGAAUCCCUGUGUAUAGAUUUAUCCUUCCAUCCUUGGAUUUUGCAUCUCCACUUCAAAAUCCAGACAACCACUGUUUCUGCACAGAAAAAAUUAUCUCCAAAAAUUGCACCUUAUAUGGUGUGCUAGAUAUUGGCAAAUGCAAAGACGGAAAACCCGUGUACAUUUCACUUCCUCAUUUUCUACAUGCAAGUCCUGAAAUUGCAGAACCUGUUGAAGGCUUAAGUCCAAAUGAAGAGGAACAUAGCACGUACUUAGAUGUUGAACCUAUAACUGGAUUCACUUUACAAUUUGCAAAACGUCUGCAGAUCAAUAUACUGGCUAAGCCAGGAAAAAAUAUUGGAGCAUUAAAAGGUCUGAAGCAGAAUUAUAUGGUGCCUGUUCUUUGGCUUAAUGAGACUGGCACCAUCAGUGAUGAGAAGGCAGAAAUGUUCAGAAAUCAAGUGACUGGAAAAAUAAACCUCCUUGGCCUGGUAGAAAUGAUCUUAAUCAGUGUUGGUGCAGUGAUGUUUACUGCUUUUAUGAUUUCAUACUGUGCAUGCAGAUUGAAGAGUAUAAAAUACGAAGCAAAUGAGUCUUUACAUUUAUGAACCAGCUACAUCAGGACCUUUCUUAGUAUCGACCUACAAAAUGAAGAUUUAAUAUGCUUUAUGUUUGCAAAACACAUCUUAUCUUAUAGUUGAAGAACUGGUGGCACUUUUUUUUUUUUUGUACUGAGCAGCAGCACAUUUCUAAAGGAUUUUAAGAUGUCAUUAAAAUCCAUACUUUGAAAAAAAACAGCACCUUUUAAAAUUCAAUAUGUUCACAAUGGAAUGGAUUUCAGUUUCUACAGAUGUGGCUUCAGCAUGGUCCAGUUAUUUUUAUUU